AUGAGGCUGUAUCUACUCCCCGUAUCCACGCGGCGAACGCUCCUCUACGCCAACAAACUCAAUGCCGCCUCGCACGAUGGCAGCCUCAUCGACCGCGGCGCCGCCUUCGCCGCGCGCAAGUGGGCGCAGUGGGAGAAGAUGGAGCGCGGAUGGCAACGCAAAGUCGUCGACUACGGUAACCAUGCCUUCCGGCGCAUUCCCUUUGAGGAGUGGGGGCUCAAGUCCGUACCACCGCUCUCGGCACGGCGCCGUGAGGACGAGCUGCGGGGCCGCGAUGCCGUCCAGCUGGUGUUCCCGCCGGCUGCGAUUCCGGAGCACAAGGCUGAGGGGGUGGUGCGGAAGUUAGCGACGGAGAGGCAGGCGCUGCAUCGGCAGAGGCUGAUAUGGUGCUUUGUGGGCAUGCCUAUCACGGCGCCUUUAGGGCUGGUACCUCUAGUCCCCAACCUCCCCUUCUUCUACCUCGUCUACCGCGCCUGGUCUCACUGGCGAGCAAUCAACGGCGGCAAACACGUCCAAUGGCUGCUCCAGAACAACCUCCUCCACCUCGCCCCCUCCAAAGAGCUCGACCAGCUAUACACAAAGGACGGCCAGGCCCCCGCCGACGAGCCCGCCGGCAAGGAGCAGAUGCUCAUCACCCAGAAACAGAUCCAGGACUUUUCCGAAACCCUCGACCUGCCCGCCGUCGAGAUUGAGCUCGAGAGGGCCAUCUGGCAGGUCGAGCGCGCGUUGGGCAAGGAGCAAGAGCAGACGGAAAAGGCGCCUGAAGAAAAAGACAAGCAAGCGCACGAGGAAAAAGACAAACAAUCAUGA